AUGUUUUCAUAUUUAAAAAAAGAAAAAUCUGUCAGGAGUAAAGACAAUAAAUACUUAAAUGAUGCUCUUACAUAUGCUAUGGAAAGUCUUAAAACUGACAUAGUAAAAUUGCUUGUUAAUGCAGGAGCUGAUGUCAAUUUACUUGAUAAAAAUAAGAGAAACGCUAUAAUACAUGCUGUUGAAAGACUAGCGAUCUCAAGAAAUUUGAUAUUAGAUCCAUCAAAAAACUUGCCAGAGGAGAUGAUCUCUCACCCUAUAAUAGAGUUCUUAUUAGGAAAAGGUUCUGAAUAUGAUCAUACAGAUGAAAUAAAUACUAAAAAAAAUCAUAAGACCCCCUGCAAAACGAGGAAAAAAGUAGAAAAACAAAAAAAAGCGUAUAAAAUGAGAGUUUUANAUGGAUGAUGAGAUUAUUUAUGCUGAGAUAGAUGAUUUUCAGGACAUUGAUCCUUUACUACAAGGUAGCAAUUUAUCUUCUAGUAUAAGAGAAAAAUCUAAAACACAGGACAAGUCAUCAAAACAAGAACCUAUCUAUGCUAAAGUAGACCUUGAUACAAAAAGAAGGGCAAGAGAACAAAAGGCAUCUGAAACACAAGGCAAGUCUUUAGAACAAGAACCUACAUAUGCCAAAGUAGAUUUUGCUGCAAAAAGAAUGGCAAGAGAACAACUAGCAGAAGAUAAAAAAUCAAAACCUGUCAUUGUAAGUAUUCACUUCAAAGAUGGCAGAUAUGUUUCUUUAAAUCAUAACCCACCCUUAAUACCGAAAGAUGCAGACAAUAUAUCCAAUGACAGUGAUUUUAGUGCAGAAGAACCUUAUAAACCUCAACAAUCCGUAAAAAAUGAAAUUUUAAAAACACCCCCUGUUACAGACAUUCCUUGCUGUAAAAAGGGACUAGUACAAGAAAGAAUAAACCAUUUCAAACAACUGAACGAACAAGCACAAAAAAUAGAACAUAAAACUCGUCUCACACAAAUAACGCACCGAACUGCUCGCACGG